AGAAGAGCGAGAGUAGCGAUGCAGCAAAGCGCCUUUAAUAAAGGCUAACGUUACAACGUGAACGAAGUCCGCGUUCACUUAAAUCCAAAGGUCUCUAAUCUUGGCUACUGCACGACUUCGAAGACUUUUGAGAAAAAUUUCCUUUUUUGAGAGACAAGAUAUGGGUUUGGCUUGCGGUCAUGUCUCCAUCCGGGGACUUUUGGUUGUACUGGGAUUGAUGUUUUGGGCUGCUCUCCCAUUAGUUGAUUCCUCGCGCAUACUAUUUACUACAUCCGUAGCCUCCACCAUCAGCCACUAUAUGAACUUCAGAGAAGUUAUGCGCGCACUGACGGACAGAAAUCACCAAGUCACGUUCUUGGUUCCUGUGUCGAAUCCAGUGAUUACACACAAGAAACAUGAGCAGGAUGAUCAUUUCAAAUUUGAAUUGUACAACGGAAAGCUGAACCAGUCAAUUUUAAAUGAACACAUCGACAUAUUCAAGAAAGAAAUAACAACCAAAUCAAGCGAAGACCUACGACUUAUCAACUUCGCGAUCAAAGCAGUAUUUGGCAAGUCGUCGACCACCACCUCGAACCCAUGGGAAGUGGCAUCUGAUGAAUGCGAUUCACUUCUUGGCAACGAAACACUUGUAACAAGACUAAACAACUCGAACUAUGACCUUCUGAUUGGCGAUCCGGCGGCUAAUUUAUGCACCCCUCUUCUUGCUGAGGUUCUUUCCAUCCCAUUUAUCCAGUAUGCAACGCAAGGGCUUCAGAUCUUUCAUCACGAUCGAUGGCUCGGUCAGCCCAUCAAUCCAUCCUUCAUGCCAAUGCCGUACAUGCCUUUCUGUGAUGACAUGUCAUUCAUAGAGAGAACCGCCAACUUCAUCUGUUUCAUAUGUGGCAGCCAUCUUGUGGACAGAAACACACUAUCCCUUUUUGAAAAGGUUAAGGAGAAGUAUGGCAUCCGACCCGACCUGUCACUGAAUGACCUUAUAAAGAAAGCCUGGCUCCAUUUAGUGAACUCCGACGUGCACGUGCAGGAUUUACCGAGCCCUUUGCCGCCAAACUUUAUCCAGGUUGGGGGUAUUACAGCGAGACCAGCGCUUCCUUUUAAUGAGAGCCUUGAGAGGUUUUUUGAGGGCUCUGGUCAACAUGGCGUCGUCGUGAUCUCUUUUGGUACAUCACUUUCCUUCGGUGAUGAACAGCUCGACGACAUCGCAAGAGCAAUAUCCCGACUCCGACAACGUGUCAUUUGGUUGUUACGCGACAAUGCACCAACCCACGUUGGUAACAACACAAUGAUUGUCAACUGGCUGUCCAUGAAUGACAUUCUUGGGCACCCAAAGACGAAACUUCUCGUGAAUCACGGCGGGACGAGUACCGUCCAGGAGGCGAUAUACCACGGCGUGCCGAUGGUGCUGGUACCGCUAGCUUCGGACAUGUUCAAAAUAGCAGAUCUCGCUGUGUGUAGAGGCAUGGCUGUCAAGCUAGUUAUGCCAACACUUACAGGAACUAUUCUUAAGGAUGCCAUCGAAAGUGUACUUUCACAACCCAGCUACAGCCAGAGCUCUCGUCAUCUCUCUUUGAUAUUCAAGGCUAAGACGCCCUCACCGGUAGACACAGCAUCGUUUUGGAUUGAACACGUGAUGAAACAUGGCGGCGAUCAUUUGAAAUUGCCUCCAGCUCAAAACCUGUCCGUUCUACAGUGUAUGUUAACCUGUAUUCUCGGAGUGUGCGCUAUUUCCCUCAUACUGCUCCUCAAGUUUUCAUCAUUAUUCAUUCGAAAAAUGUACACAAAAAUAUAAUAUAAUUCAUAUAUAUUUAUCAAAAAUUGAAUGGACAUUAUUGCUGUUUCAAUCAAGUCCUAAAAAAACUUUAAAUUUGUUUUCCUUAUUAAGGGGUGAAAAUUAAUAAUGUUUAUUGUAGUUAAUCUUAGAUUUCUGAUGAUCAACAAAAAAAUAAGUUACUGCAUCAACAAAAAGGAAACAACUGCCUGUUCAGUUGUAACAAAGGAAACAAUAGUUGAACCUUUUCUUGCGCCUAGUGGUCGUUUCGCGACCGAUUUAAAUCCCACCUUUAAAAAAGACAAGUUUUUAAAGACACUGGACACGAUUGGUAAUUGUCAAAGAGUAUUCUUCUCACUUGCUGUAUCUCAACAUAU